UCACGCGGACAUACUUGGCGUUAAGCCAUGCAUUAAGCCAAUCAGACAGGCAGGAAACAACAACAUUGUUCGUUAUUGUCUGAAAUGGCAGUUUUGCACAAUGUUUCAAGCUAGUUGUCGAUAUUGGAGAAACUAUCUGGUCUAUUCAAAUUCCGGACCAAGAGACUCAUGCAGGUGACCUUUGGCGACCUUGUACACGGUCAAUCCUUUGUACACACUCGGGACACUCAGUGGACUGAAUGUUCUUACUGGUCCCAUGUACCCACAUCCAUUGUGUGCGGACUGUUAUCUCUGACCGUAGGGUUUGCUAUUGACACACGGAGCUGAGUGACUUAAUUCUUCCAUGCUUCAACCAAGCGCCUAUAGUUCACAGGAGAAGGGAGCGAGAAUUGAAGUAUUUACCGAGCAAACUUGAUUUACACUGGCAGUUGUCCAAAGACCUUGUCAAACCAGUCGGAAGGAGUGCUUCAGAAACUGGCGGGCAUAUCUGUCAUUGUUCCGGAGGAAUUCUAAGAAGAUUGCUUGGCUGGAAGCAGUGGGGACUGAAUUAUCUACAUUGGGGGAGAGCCGUUGCAUAACGAGGACAGAAACAAUGACACGUCUCCGUGUGUACGUCUUGGUGUAUUUCAUGGCGUUCAACCUAGCCGUACCGGGAGCUGAAGGCCAGGACGAUGGGAUGGGCGAGGAUGAUGUAGGGGAGUUUAUAAAAGCUAAAAAAAAGGAAUGCACUUUGAUGUACGAAAAUGUCUCCCUGCCUGGAGUUUCGAAAGAUUUCCACUGCCCUGCAAGAUUCGACGGAUUCCUGUGUUGGCCACCGACCGCCCCCGGUGACACAGCGGAAAUGCUCUGCCCUGUCGUGUUUGAUCAAUAUCAAACUGUUUCAGUUCACAGUACAUGCUUUGUGAACGCCACGUGGAAGGAGGAAAACAUUUACGAUGUCUAUGGUCCUGAUGGGAUGUGCCAAUGUUUUCAUUGUAAGAUCACAGGGGAAUUACUUGUCGCGGAAUACGCACUUUCGUUUGCUGCGUGCGCAGUUGCUUUCGUCAUAUUCAUGAGCUCAAGAACCCUACGCUGUACAAGGAACCUGAUUCAUUUGCAUCUGAUUACCUCAUUUAUGCUGAAGUACAUCGUAUAUUUCAUCCAGCCCCCAAUUUGGAAAUCGGAACUCUUGCACCUGAGGCGAAUCGUCUUGUUCCUGUUGUUUUACUUCGAACAGACCAACUAUUUUUGGAUGUUUGUGGAGGGGUUAUACCUUCACACGCUGGUGGUCUUCGCACUUCGCAUUGACGCGGACAGAAUCAACUUCUUGGUGUAUUGCGUCAUAGGCUGGGCUAUUCCGAUGGUCUUAAUUGGAGUGUGGGCCAUCAUCUCGGCUGUACUCGAUCCUGACGUUUACCUUAUAUUUAAUUCUGGCGACAAUGAUUUCUUCACCAAUUCAGUGCAUACUACGGCGGUGCAUGAAUACGUCUGCUUGAUUGGCCCCAUUCUUCUUGUGUUGGUGAUCAAUUGCUUCUUUUUGCUCAACAUCGUUCGUCUGCUGAUGAGCAAGUUACGCGUGCAGGGUAACCGCACGAGCGACAUCAAACAAUACAGACGGGCUGCACGAGCGACUUUUGUCCUCGUCAUUUUGCUUGGUGUUGGCUACGUUCUCAUUCUGGUCCUUCCCUUAUUUCCGGGGAAUCUGCCCACAGCAGUGAACCUCAUCUUUGUUUACGUCAGCACCGUUCUGGCCGGCACGCAAGGCUUGUCGGUAUCUGUUAUCUAUGUCUUCUUGAACACAGAGGUGCGCUCCGUUCUCCGGCGCAAGUGGCGCCGGCGUCUCGCCCACAUCGCUCUCCCACCGUUCCUUUCCCGCAAGCGGACCAAGCCGCGGACCUCGUCUUACUCCAAGUACGACGACCGGACAUGCGUGAGCACCAUGCGCAGCAUGGCCAACAACGACACGGUGAUGGACAGCUGCCAUGAAGACUACGUGGGUCACCAAGGCCAUCACCAGGGCAACACAACCUGGAGAAGGGGAAACACGCAAGAGAGACACACGGGCGGCGUUGCCAACGGGGACACGAGCGCGAAGGAAAGCAACAAUGAAGAGAAAAUUGAAAUGCAAGUGGUGAAGAGUAAUGGGACAGUCGGCAAAUGGGAUCAGAUUGAGAGAGAAAAAGAAGCAGACGAGGUUGAACCUCUCCUUGAGGAAGGAGGAAAAGUUCCCAAACCUCCAGCAUCCAUUGUCAUAUCGGAGGCCAGCCCCGUGCAUACAUCUGCCGAAGAGCCUGUUGCCGAAUAUGUCGAGCACCAAGAGUGAAAGAACGCGAAUAAAACCUAAACGAAUAUAGCAUGUACUUACACUUUGACUUUGAACUGGAAACCAUCUUGGUUGUGUUUCCCAUGGAUAAAUACUUUGAUCAAUGUAACUUUAGAGCUGCAACAUUGGUACCUUUCUACAAGGAAAGCAUGCUUCAAGAGAACUACAUUGGCGUUCACGUAUAUAAUGCACCGAUGUAUCUAUUCGUCUUUUCAUUAGACCCUCUCUGUGGUGUUCGCCCCGCCCCUAGACUUUGGCGUCUUUUACACUAAAAUAAUUGAUCGAAGAAGGUAUAGAUAUUUAUUGUCUCUGUGGCAACAUUAACAUAUUAUUCGUAAGUUUUAUUGAAUACGAUGUCUUCAAUUGGGAAUACUUGAAAUCUACUCAAGGAAAGGUCAAGUCAAUAGUCUUACAGUGAUGCUAAUAUCACAUGGGGUUACAGGAUGUCACAUACGACGUCGCUGUUUAGGUUUAAGUGUUCUCUGUCACCCUUUAUGUAUAUUGUAUAGUGGGACAACUGAUUCAAAUGUGCUUUGUACUGCCCUUUAAAUUAGUAAGUCAAACAAGUGCAUACGCCCUAAUGGGGUGUCUUCUUGUAUUGUCUUUGAAAGGUAAAUCUGUGUAAAGUGGCCAUCAAAACUAACAUAAAGUGGCCCUAUUGACAGGUUGCUGUCAUGCAGGUUUGUCAUUGUUUUGUAUUUAUUCAAAUUAAUGAAUUUGAAUUCGAGUAACGGGCGCCUUGGUAUUACCACAACUUAACGACUGUUAAUGUAUCGAGGAGCGACCCCCACCCCGAAAACGCAGAAUGCUGGAAGUGAUGGCUCCAAGCUACCAAAACAAACGAACCGAUAUGUUGGUAUGUGAAUUAUGCCGUCGUCAAUGAAUCGUUUCUUGCCCUCUUACAGUGUUUCACGCUCCGGGAAAUGCUUCUUUGUUGACUAAAUUCCUCCCGGUAUUUCCGGCAAGGAUUGAAUACGCGAGUUGCGUUUGAAUUCACAAAGGCGAUGGCAGUACAUGUCAAUUUCAAAAUGGCUGCGCGAGACACGAGGAGUUCGUUUCACGUUUAAUACUGAUGUUAUUGUGAAAGCACCGCUGUUGAGCUGGAAAACAGGCAACCUCGGUAUUUGGUAAUUCCCGGCCGAGAUCAGGUGAGAUGAGUUUAGUCUAUCACUAAUUACUAGUAAUUUGUAUUGGAAUAUUGCAGUACACAGUCAUGUCUUUUGUCAUCAUUUGGCUAGCGAGGAUUUUAGGGCAAGAAUUUUUUCUCUUAUACGGCCAUCAUGUCGUGGCUUUGAUUCGACUUUUUAUAAGGGCCAUAACCUCGUGCAGGAUUAACAAAAACAUUUAACCCUAUCCGCCUCGAGCAGAAGCACCCCCUCAUCGGUUGAUAAGAAUCCUGUUGAUCGGGAGUACACAUUUUGUAGGUAGCGACAAUACUUUAACGUGUAGUCGUUCGUGGAACCUGUGACGGAUUCCCACCAAAGGAGCCUCCCUUACUAGGAAAAUUUUGCCCUCUCUUGGUCCCAGUCGGGGCCCAUAUUUACUUAACUCAGAAUAUUCUGAAUUAUUUUACUGAAUUUACAAGGAUCUUUCCACACCUUGUACUGGGAAAAUAGCAUUUCUGAUUCACCUUGGAACUGUCAAAAAAGUUUUCGAACUUUGUAAAUUGUGGAACUUUUACACUGGAAUUUGACAGCAACAUUGUGUUUAAUGAGACUUAUAAUGCGUCUUUUAUCCAUACUUCAGGUCUAACUUCACUUCAGGUCAUAAGUUGCCAUUUAUGAGAAGAAUUAAAAGUGAUAUUUCCUUCGAUGUCACUUAAAAUCAAUAACUCUUCAGCUGACCUUGUUUAAACUAAAUACAGAACACAAUAGUGCACUUAACUGGAUCUGGAUCUUCUCUGGACAUAAGUUGCAGUGUCAAUAUUUAGCGAAACUUUCUAGUAAUUUGGGGUUGUCGUUAAAAUGAACCGGUACAUGUAUACAUUAGAGACAUAGCACUGUGUUUUGUCGCUGUUUUCCAAAGCAACAGUCGUGUGUUUUUGUGGGGAAAUGUCGAGUACCGGUAUUGUAGCUGUCGUUCAGUGUGGUACAUGUAACAUAUUUCUUGUGGUUCAGUUUGUCUGUUUGCGUUUACCCGCCAAAAUUCAGACCGACCGUCUGGAGGCAUGGACUGCACAAAGUGGUUGGAAGUUCCUACCAUUUCCAGUGACGGUGCUGUCAAGAACAUGUCUAAUGUACUGCUAACAGUGAUGCUGAAUAAUUUUAGAUGUGUGUUUUCCAUUUAAAGUUUUGCCUUUUUUAAGAAAAAUGCGUGGUCAGUGGGGUGUUGAAAAGAUAUGUACAUGUACAGCUUGGCCGUUGCUAAGUACCCAGAAAAAAAUCUGUAAAAUAAACAAGGCCUUUGGGCAUCAUCUCUUUUUUUAUCCAAAACACCUUAAAAUCAUCAUGUAAGAAAAUCCUUAAAAAAAGGGAAAUAUAACUAUAUAUACAUCGCCUCGUUGUUAGAACUGACAAUGGGAUUUCUCUAGUCAAUCAGGUUUUGGCUUUCAAACAGCGUAGUGUGCUACCAGAUGUAAUAAGAAGCCAACUCUUUCGUGGUUGGAGGCAUGCAAUACACCUUUUGAAAGCGUCAAGGUAGUUGUGGUUUAUCUGAACAUGGUCAAGAACAUUGCAUGCCUAUGCCCAGGUUCGUAUGUACAAAUGUAAUUAAUUAUGUAAAUGUGUUGAUCGUGUCAGUCUUUGUAAAUACAUAAAAUCAUCACCGUGAACUAAAAUCGCCAUUGUUGUAAAUAAAAUAUAUUCAGAUAGUUCAUAGUAAAGUUAAACCGGCAGUGUAAACUUAA